CGAACCAGUUUCAAUACGGCCGGUUGGCGGUCCGGUGGUGUAAUUCUUGUAGUUGUACGCUUUUCGACAGUGAAUACGAUAACGCGGGUAAAACGUGUUUGGCAAAUAAAAAAGAAGUAAACCAAAUAAUUCAUUUUUAAUAAAAAAAUAACUUUUUUUUGGUGACUGUUUAAAAAAAAUUGUACAACUAAGUUUUUUAGUUGUUAAAAACGGAACAUGUUAAUUAAUAUACAGUCUUCAGAAGAACUUUAAAUGUUUAUAAAAGAUCAUGAUUUGGUUUUAAGUCCUGAAGUUAUGCUAGACAUGAGUCGAUCGGACUCACAGAGAUCCGAUUCGUCUUUAAAACCUCGAGUGUCAUUCAACCGAGAUGUCCGCAUCAAAAAAAUUGGGAAUUCAGAUGCGGCGAGCAUCGUAGAAGCACUGGCAGGUGAUGGAGAAGGACAUCUUGUACCUACACCAGUUCGACGGGAGAAGAUCAAAGCGUCUAAGCGAGAACUAGCCCUUGAAGCUGAUAAAGUACUAGAGCAAGCAAAUAGCGUAGCCUCUCUGCAUUCGGCAGCACCGCCGAGAGGACAGCAGAGGAACAAACACGGAGGAUCAUCGCUUCAGAGAAAAAACAGUUUUGGAGGAACCGAUUCUAAGAAAUGGAACUCCGAAGGAAAAUUAUCGUCUUAUAGAUCUUUGGACAGACCAAAUAAUAGACCAAACAAACAGAAUAACAAACAAGAAGAAAAUGAUGAGUUGUUAUCGCCAAACGAUACAAUGAGGCAAAGGAAAUCAACUAGUACCAGAUUGAAAAGAAGUGUAAGCGAUGCAGGAGAUCUGAAAAAAACAUCCACAAAUAAAGAUCAGGAUAAAAAUUCGAUAUCUUUGUUUGGUACUAUUGAACGCAUUAAGAAAAAGAUUAAUAACAACAAUACUAAAAAUAGCGGAAACACGACGGACAGAACAAUGAGGAUGACCGAACCACCACCUCCACCACCACCCGUUCGCGCAAAAAAACAGCUAUCACCCAUCAUAGAAUCAUCGCCUAGAGAAGAAUACUUCAAGUACUCCAACGACCCAUUCAACGAUACUCCACCACCGUCUCGUCCUGUCCGCCGGGGCCAUAACGUUGAUAGAAUCGUCCGACGAUUGCUCGGGGAACCUCCACGGCCGCCGCCGACGCUAAAUCGACCAGAGCCCGUCGCUUCCUACGUACAGCACAACGGCAACGAGCCGUUUUCGUACACGGCCACUUCGCCCACAGUUAUUAAUAUUCCGGAUACAACCCGGGACGAUGGUCAUCAGUAUCGCACAACAAACGACAUGGACGACACGUGGAUGUCGUAUGAAGAUCUAAGUCAUCGAAGGGACGCACUUGAAUCUCGAUUACAAAAGCGAGCGGCUUCGUCGUCCACUAUUCGGCCAUCCGUCGUGCCUGCUACGCCGGACACAUAUGCUACAGUGUACAAAAAAAAUGAGACGCUGGGUGGCGGUGACAGGUAUUUCGAGCGAAAGAUAGUUACGGAACAUCGAUUUGCGCGACGUACGCCAAGAUUGGACGACGAUGUCGUAGACAGACCUACUCGAGUAAUUAGCAGCGGUAGACCAACAGUGGUAUCGCGGAAUAACGUUCCUGUUAUCAAUGGACCAUCUUCUUUGAGUGUCAAUAACAGUGGCGGUAACUACCAAACCGGAAAACCUGCUAAAAAACGGUCUAAAUUAGAUAAGUUCAAGAUGCUUUUCACCAGAUCGUCAAAAGAAAAUAAACGUCCAUCGUCUUCUAAAGUCUCCAAUUCCGAUCCUGAAUCAUACACAUCGUCGUCCCUUCGCAAAAGAUACAACGUCUACACGGGAGACGAUGGGCAUUAUUCGACAAAGCAAAAAAGACUGCCUUCGCCUAGUAAACACUCAGGAAAAUUUGGAAACAAUUCGUGGUUUAAAUCUUUAGAUAGAUUCGAUAAAAAGACCAAGAGACCAAAAACAUUUACUUCUGGAAGUGAAAAUGACGAAGAAAUCAGAGUGCACAGGAUAAAUGAUCGAAAUAAAGGAUGGGUGCCUCCAAGGUCUUACCACAGUGUGGGAAAUCUAAAUUCAAUGGAUAUAGAUCACUCACCAACAAGACACAUGACCGAAAAAAGACAUUCAUUAAUAGACAGCUCCGCUGAUAGCACUACCGAAGGAGAUAGUAGUCAAAAAUCACACAAGUCAACUGUUUAUCUUCACGCUACGACAGUUGGUGAAAUUCCCGAAUCAAGACAACUGCAUCAAUCUGUAUUCGGGUCUAAAAGCAAGAAGGCGGCUAGUCGAGAAGAGCUCUCUACACAGAACGACGCUUUCGUAGGAACCCAAAAAAGAACUUUGUCUCGUUCAGUUUCAGUACUAGCCCCGUGGGCACCUAGACACCACGACGAAAGGGAGAUCGAAUACGACGAAAAUGGAAGACCACCAAGAGCACCUAAAAAGUGGCCUAUUAAAGCUACUAAAAGCGAUCCAGAAGAAGUGAUUAGACCACCCAUACGUCAAAAUAGAUCGUCAAAGAGUUCUGGUGAGGAUUCUUCUCUUAUGGAUGAAGUGAUUAUUCGAACUACAAGUCGUACUGGAGAGUUGGUCAAAGAUGGUCGAUCAGGCAGAACCCUUGGAAGAUCUGUGUCUUCAGCGAAUAAAUAUGCACCAAACAUAAUAUACAGAUCAAGAACGAAAUCGUAAUAUAGGAAAUUUUUACAUUUCAAAUUUUUGUUAAAAUGAUAUAAGAAAUUUAAUUUACUAGUCGUCUCGCCUAAAAUUUGUUGAUAAUAAAAAUAACACUUCAGUGUGGCUAACAAUAUUAAGAUAAGAGAAUAAUUUGUCAGAAAAUGAUGAUCGAGUCAAACAAUGCAAACUAAAAGUUGACAUAGUAACUAUUUUACUUUUUAUGAUUAUUAAAUUUGUAGUAUGUCUGCCUUUUUCAUACUUAUCCUAGUCAAAUGAUAACGUUUCACAAUAAAUUAAUACAGGCAUUAUGAUAUUUAA